AUGGCAGCCGUCUCAGCUUCCAUCUUCACGUCGUCACUCAGCACAAACCCCACACCAGCAAGGAAAUUGUCUUCUCUCUCUUCCUCCAGUUCAGUUUUCUUCACUCAUAACAUCAUUAAUCGGGCCAGAUUCGGGUUGGCGGUGGGCUCUCCCAGGAGAUCUAAGAGAAGGGGGCUUUCCUGCAAGUGCCUCUUCGGGCUUGGGGUUCCGGAGCUCGUCGUCAUCGCCGGCGUGGCGGCGCUCGUUUUCGGGCCGAAGAAGUUGCCUGAAGUUGGCCGUAGCAUUGGCAAGACUGUCAAGAGCUUUCAGCAGGCUGCAAAGGAAUUCGAGACAGAGCUGAAGAAGGAUGGAGAGUCCUCUGCAGAACCAUCUGGCGAAAAGAUUACAACUGCCAGCGAGGACAAGCAACAAGAAGCUCAGGUUCCAAGCGCGAAAGAGAGUUCUUAA